AUGUCUCUUGGCUUCAAUCUGCAAACAAAUUACUAUGACGAAUGUGGGUAUCAGAAUGAACUUUCAUUGGCUCCAUUUAAUUCCUCCUCUAAUUAUCUCCUCUCAACAUGGGCUCUUCCAUCAGCAACAACAUUCUCACCUCCAUUAGAGUCCCCAAGGCAAUGCAAGAGGCCUAGGCCUGACAGCUGGCAGAGAUUUCGAGAGCAUGUCAGCUCCUACAAGCAGAAACUCUCAGCAUUGGAGGCUGUUGAAGAGAUUGCAGAGUCAGAAGGAAUCAAUGAAGAAUCUGCAGGCAAUGCUGGAGAUGGAAUGAGACUUGUUCAGCUUCUGAUCUCAUGUGCAGAGGCCGUUGCCUGUAGAGACCGUGCGCAAGCCUCACUUCUACUGUCAGAGCUAAAAGCACGUGCGCUGGUGCUCGGAACUGCAUUCCAGCGUGUUGCUUCUUGCUUUGUGCAGGGAUUAUCUGACCGCCUCGAUCUGCUGCAGCCUCUCGGGGCUGUAGGCAUCACUGUCAUUGCUUCGACAGUCUCUGCCGCCUCUGAAGAAAAAUCUGAGGCCUUGCAGCUGGCAUACGAGCUGUGCCCGUAUAUCCCAUUCGGGCAUUUCGUGGCCAAUGCUUCAAUUUUGGAAGCCUUUGAGGGAGAGAGUUUGGUUCAUGUUGUGGACCUAGGAAUGACCCUAGGCCUGCCUCAUGGCCAGCAGUGGCGUAAUCUGAUUGACAGCCUCGCCGGUCUGUCGGACCGCAUCACCGGCGUCAGUAUCUUCGCUGACCGACUCGAAGCCAUCGGCAAUGAGCUCGAGUCAUAUGCUCAUAAUCUAGGCCUGCACCUAGAGUUCUUUGCAAUACAUAACAACUUAGAGAACCUGAAAGCUUCAGACUUUGUUAUUGAACAAGGGGAGGUUCUUGCAGUCAGCAGCAUUCUACAGCUACAUUGUGUCGUAAAGGAGAGCCGCGGAGCUCUAAACUCCGUUCUGCAAAUGAUCCACGAGCUCUCGCCGAAAGUAUUAGCGCUAGUCGAGCAGGAUUCGAGCCACAACGGCCCUUUUUUCCUCGGGAGGUUCAUGGAGGCAUUGCAUUACUAUUCAGCGAUAUUUGACUCGCUGGAUGCUGCGUUGCCAAAGUACGACACAAAACGUGCAAAAGUGGAGCAGUUUUAUUUUGCUGAGGAGAUUAAGAAUAUUGUGAGCUGUGAGGGGCCUGCAAGAGUGGAGAGGCACGAGAGGGUCGAUCAGUGGAGGCGGAGGAUGAGCAGGGCGGGGUUUCAGCCUUCACCAAUAAAGAUGUUAUCGCAGGUUAAGCAGUGGUUGGUGAAGAUUAAGGCCUGUGAAGGGUUUACAGUUGCUGAAGAAAAAGGGUGCCUCGUUCUUGGAUGGAAGUCAAAGCCCAUUAUCGCUGCUUCAUGCUGGAAAUGUUAAAUGUUGACAGUAUCUUUCAGUUCAGAAUAAAAGAGCUCAACAGUACUUUGUUGAGUUAGUUUGUUUCAGGUUCAUGUUUACUUUUGAUUGUUGGAAUAAAAGUGUGCUUGUGUUUGAUCUUUCACUUCAGCAUUAGGAUU